CGUAUCUUAGCAUCCAAACGAAUAACAGUGAUUAUUCUAACACUCCUCCGAAAACCAGUUUAAUAUCCCGUUAUCUACGAUACAGUGUCUCGGUAGUUUCCGUAGUUUCACAGUCCGCCUUGUGCAUUACUCGACCCGUACCGUAUAUAAUAUUUGGCGACGAGGAAAACGGAUUGAAAUCGUGUGCGCGUGUGCAACAAGUUUUCCGGUGCGGAAUUUGCCGGACAAGGACAGUGAGAGGGAAGCUGAUUUUGCCGGUGACAAGCUACAGUCGUGCCCUUUGGCGGCGGCGUGAUUUCGGCAGCAGUGGAGCAGAAGCAGGUGGUAGAUUCCGGAAAGUAUUCGUUGGGUACAGUAUAAGGACGACUCUCGUUGGACCGGUUGAUUUUUUCCUUUUUGGAAUUAUAGGACGGAGAUUUCCGAGACAGGUUACACCCCCGUGGUUGGUAUUCGAUUGUGGUUGUUGAGGGGAUUUUAUCUAUGUUAGGUAAAAUGAUGAAUUGUACUAUUUGCUAUGAAUCAGAUGAAAAGUUAACUCUGAUUGAAGCCGAUUUAGCCGAAGAGCAUCGCCUUUGCAAAAGAUGUCUAAAUGAUCUGUUCACAGCGGAAUUGGGAAAUGAUCCAAGCGGUGACAGUGAUGACUCCAAGGCCCAUAUAGUUAUCAAAUGUGAUCCAACGUUGGAAAAUGAAACGCAAGAGGAUCUACCCAUUUCGAUCAAACGAGAGGAAGAAUACCUCUCGGAAGAUAAUGUCAGUAUAAAAUCCGAACCAGGAGAAUUUCAAUUUGUUUCCGAAGUAAAUUCGAGCGAAGAAGAUCAACCUGCUGCUAAUCCGGAGCCGAAACCGGAACCACUGGAAAAGGGCAAAUUGAAAUGCUCUUUUUGUGAUGAGCGAUGUAACAACCGCCGAGCCAUGGCAGCCCACAUGGACAUAUGCCAUCCAGAGGAAAAGAUCAAUCGUUGCCGGAUAUGUCUCUUAUUCUUCAAAGGAGCAAAGCAGUUCGAUCAGCAUGUUCAAGACGAACAUGAUGGUUUCACUCAUAGUUGUGGCAUUUGUAUGGAAGGCUAUGAACGAGGUAAAAAGCAGGAGCAUGAGAAGAUGUGCUUGGGGAGACUUAUAUUUGAGUGCGUUGUAUGUAAUGAGCGAUACGUUUCAAAAGACGGAUUGGAAAAACACCUCGAUUGUCACCAGACCGCAGCAGACCGUGAAAGUCCGUCAGAAUUUAAUCGGGAAUUAAGAUCAUUUGAAAAGAUAUAUACUUGCACACUGUGUGAAGAUGAUAAAUCGUACCAGGAGAAUUUAUACUGGAAUCAUAUUCAUGAAGCCCAUGACGGUCGCCACUUGCAAUGUCCAGAUUGCGGUAAAACCUUUCGCAAUCGCAAGCACUUGUUGGUCCACGCCGGAUUGCAAUGCAAGGUAAGCACAAAAGCACUCAGAAAUGCUGCAAAAGUGAAUAAACCCGAGCCUUCCAAAUGCACGGAAUGCUCGAAAUCAUUUCGCACCAGAACGCUUCUACUGAGCCACAUAGCCAAGCUUCAUAAAGUCAAAUCGGUCGUCUGUCACCUUUGUGGAUUGUGUUUGCCCAACAAGUACCUGUUCCGAUACCACAGGUUAAAAUUCCACACCGAAGCCUCGAUAAAGUGUCCCAAAUGUCCGAAACAAUUCCACCUGGCGGGAGAUCUCAAGCAACAUCUGGUCACCCACGAUACAACUGGGAAACUCGUCUGCGAAGAGUGCGGACGUUUAUUCAAGCGGAAGUUGGGUCUCGAUUUGCACAUGAAAACCCAUCAGAAAAGCUCCGGUCGGGCGAAACGUAAAGAGGUUCCUGAUACGUCUGGGAAACAUGUUUGUGAGGUUUGCGACCGUAGAUUCAAGCAUAACUACCUCCUGGUGGCUCAUGCCAAAACCCAUGACCCGGAUCGGCACUUGCAUAAAACAAUUCCCUGUACGCUGUGUGAUAAGAAGUUUGAAACUAGCGCAGGAUUGUACUACCAUAUGAAGGGCAAAUAUGUUCAUCAGCGAAUGACUUGCUCGGUUUGUAAUGUGGUGAUUAAAGGAAAGGAAAAAUACGCAAAACAUUUGGCUACGCAUACCGAGGCGACAUAAGUUGGAUAACAGAUUAGCUAAAUUAUAAAAAUUAUCAGAAUCUUUUCUUUUAAUUCUAUUGAUUAUAAUAUACCUAUUAGUUAAUGAUUUUGUUUUGUAGUCGAAUAAAAAGGAAAAUGAAUUGCAGGUCUUACAA